GCGGCGACAGGGCGAGGAGCAGAGCGCGGUGCCAGGGGGGUGGGGGCACUGGUGCCCGUUUGGGGAGGGAGCAGGCGGAGGGGGUAAGCUGCGAUUACAAGCAGGAACCGGCAGCAGCUGAGGCCCUGUGUGGGCCGCGGCCCGGCCCUCACCAUGGAGUCCAUGUUCGAGGAGGACAUCAGUAUCCUGACGCAGGAGGCCCUGGGGCCUAGUGAGGUGUGGCUGGACGGUCCCGGAGACCCCUCGCUUGGGGGCGACAUGUGCUCCGCCUCCCACUUUGCCCUCAUCACUGCUUACGGAGACAUCAAGGAACGGCUGGGGGGCCUGGAGAGGGAGAACGCCACCCUCCGACGCCGCCUCAAAGUCUACGAGAUCAAGUACCCACUGAUCAGUGACUUUGGAGAGGAGCAUGGCUUUUCUCUGUAUGAAAUCAAGGAUGGCUCCCUGCUGGAGGUGGAGAAGGUCAGCCUGCAGCAACGGCUCAACCAGUUCCAGCACGAGCGGGGCCCUCUGGGCCUCAUCCAGUUACAGAAGAACAAGGAGCAGGAAGAACAGCUUGGAGAAAUGAUCCAGGCCUACGAGAAACUCUGCGUGGAGAAGAGUGACUUGGAGACGGAGCUGGGGGAGAUGAGGGCCCUGGUGGAGACGCACCUGCGUCAGAUCUGUGGUUUGGAGCAGCAGCUGCGGCAACAGCAAGGCCUCCGGGAUGCAGCCUUCUCCAACCUGAGCCCGCCGCCAGCCCCCGCCCCGCCCUGCACUGAUUUAGACCUGCACUACCUGGCACUGAGAGGGGGAUCUGGCUUGAGUCAUGCAGGCUGGCCGGGCCCCACACCCAGUGUGAGUGACCUGGAGCGGCGGCGGCUGGAAGAGGCUUUGGAGGCCGCGCAGGGAGAGGCCCGGGGGGCUCAGCUCCGGGAGGAGCAGCUCCAGGCCGAGUGUGAGCGGCUGCAGGGGGAGCUGAAGCAGCUGCAGGAGACCCGGGCCCAGGAUCUGGCCUCCAACCAGUCGGACCGAGACAUGGCAUGGGUGAAAAGAGUUGGGGACGAUCAGGUGAAUUUGGCGCUGGCCUACACCGAGCUGACGGAGGAGCUGGGCCGGCUUCGGGAGUUGAGUUCCCUACAGGGGAGAAUCUUGAGGACUCUGUUGCAGGAGCAGGCCCGGAGUGGCGGCCAGAGGCACUCGCCACUGUCACAACGCCACUCCCCGGCCCCCCAGUGCCCCUCCCCCUCCCCGCCUGCCCGAGCGGCUCCCCCGUGCCCCCCGUGCCAGUCCCCCGUAACCCAGCGCCGCUCUCCCGUGCCCCCGUGCCCCUCGCCGCAGCAGCGCCGCUCUCCGGCCUCACCCUCCUGCCCGUCGCCCGUCCCGCAGCGCCGCUCGCCGGUGCCGCCGCCGUGCCAGUCCCCCAGCCCGCAACGCCGUUCCCCGGUGCCCCCCAGCUGCCCGGCCCCGCAGCCCCGGCCGCCGCCGCCGCCCCCGCCGAGCGAGAGGACGCUGGCCGAGCGCGCCUACGCCAAGCCGCCCAGCCACCACGUGAAGGCCGGCUUCCAGGGCCGCCGCAGCUACUCUGAGCUGGCGGAGGGCGCGGCCUACGCGGGCGCCUCCCCGCCCUGGCUGCAGGCGGAGGCGGCCACUCUCCCCAAGCCCCGGGCCUACGGCAGCGAGCUCUACGGCCCUGGCAGGCCCCUCAGCCCGCGGCGGGCCUUCGAGGGCAUCCGGCUGCGUUUCGAGAAGCAGCCGUCGGAGGAGGACGAGUGGGCUGUGCCCACCAGCCCGCCAAGCCCGGAGGUGGGCACUAUCCGCUGCGCCUCCUUCUGCGCGGGCUUCCCUAUCCCCGAGUCGCCCGCCGCCACCGCCUACGCCCACGCCGAGCACGCGCAGUCCUGGCCGUCCAUCAACUUGCUGAUGGAGACGGUGGGCUCCGACAUCCGCAGCUGCCCCCUCUGCCAGCUGGGUUUCCCUGUCGGGUACCCGGAUGAUGCCCUCAUCAAACACAUUGACUCCCACCUGGAGAACAGCAAGAUCUAGGGCACCACCCCCACCCACUGGCUGUUUCUCUGUCCUCUCCUAUCACCCCCAAACACUCACUUUGAAUGCUGCAUGAAUCUCGUGGGGGGUCCCUGCCCUUGCAACCCCCAGAUACCUCCACUUGCUACCGAGUCAACGUGUGUGCCAUCUUCCCUGGUCCAGGCACCACUCAGCUCUGGCUCUUCCUGGGAGGUCAGCCGAGGCUCCCCGCCGUGCUCCUGGUUUUUGCUUAGGAGGUGGGGACUUGGGCUGGGAUGGGGAUGGCAUACCCCUCCCAGGCCUCUCCCUCUGCCUUUCUGUUCUUAAACAGGGUUAGAUCCAAGAAGGUGUCCAGUGCUUGGGCCUGGGGUGGGGGGAAGGUGUUAGAGGGCUCCAGGAGCUCCUGCGCCCCUCCCCAAAUGUCCGUCUUUCUCAGACGGGGCUCUGGGGAGCACCCACAGGCUGUCUUUGGGGUCCCAGAGCCUGCUCUGCGCAAUGACCCCAGUUCCUCCAUCCUGUGGCCAGCCUAGGGCUCAUGGCAUGGGCCCCCAUUGGGGGAGGGAGGCAUCUUGUUUCUUGUGGUUCCCUGCAGGCCAGCCCUGUCCUCCUUUCCCUGUUCUGCCCACUCUGAGGAAUAGGGAGGGGAGGAGAGGAGAGGAGAGGGAGGAUCCUGGAGGACUGGGAAGAUCUAGUCUAAAGAGGCUUCUCUGAGGGCCAGGGCCCUACAGCAUCCCCCUAUGGCCAGAGGACUGUCUGCCAGCCUCCCAGGCCCAUGCCCUCCUGGCGCCCCUGGCGCUGAGGCACAGAUCAUCAAGGCAGAUGCCCCCUCAACCCUUCUUCCACUGGAGCCC